AUGGGGGAGAACAGCCCUGAAGGCAACGUUAUCUACUAUGAAGUGGAGGAAGACGAUUUAACCCAAGAUGAUAAUAUGAUGAGGUUUGCUGAUAAAAACGGGCUGGUUUCGUCGUCGUCUGGGACAGUCUAUGACAGGACAACUGUUCUAAUAGAACAGGACCACAGUGUAUUGGAAGACGAUGAGGAUGAAGGACAAUGUGGUGAUCACUUGCCUUUUUUGCCAGAGGGUCAUGAAGAAGGAUUUCAUUUAAUAGCAGAUCAUGAAGGAAUGUCCCAGGGUUAUGUGCAACAUAUUAUUUCUCCAGAUCAGAUUCAUCUAACAAUAAAUCCUGGUUCAACUCCUAUGCCAAGAAAUAUUGAAGGAGCAACGCUCACUUUGCAAUCUGAAUGCCCAGAAACUAAGCUUAAAGAAGUGAAGCGAUACCAGUGCACCUUUGAGGGCUGCCCACGCACCUACAGCACUGCCGGCAACCUGCGCACUCACCAGAAGACUCACCGUGGGGAGUACACCUUUGUCUGCAAUCAAGAGGGCUGUGGCAAGGCCUUUCUUACCUCCUACAGCCUCAAAAUCCACGUUCGAGUGCACACUAAGGAAAAGCCUUUUGAAUGUGACGUGCAGGGCUGUGAGAAGGCGUUCAACACCCUGUACAGGUUGAAAGCACAUCAGAGGCUUCACACAGGGAAAACGUUCAACUGUGAAUCGGAAGGCUGCAGUAAAUACUUCACAACGCACAGUGACCUGAGGAAGCACAUCCGAACACACACAGGAGAAAAGCCAUUUAGGUGUGAGCACGACGGCUGUGGGAAGGCUUUUGCUGCAAGCCACCACCUGAAAACACACGUUAGGACACAUACUGGGGAGAAACCCUUCUUCUGUCCCAGUAAUGGCUGUGAGAAGACAUUUAGUACCCAGUACAGCCUCAAGAGUCACAUGAAAGGUCACGAGAAAGGACAGUCUUAUAAUGCACUUCCCAAUAACAACGUGUCUGAGGAUACAAGCCACUCGCUUUGUCUGAGUGACCUGAGCCUCAUCUCAACAGAUUCUGAGCUGCGGGAGAACUCCAACACAACACACGGACAGGACCUUAGCACAAUCUCACCAGCAAGCAUCUUCGAGUCAAUGUUCCAGAGCCCAGAGCCUGCAAACCAGGAUGACUCUCAGCAGACAGCUGCCUUGAUGGAAGGUUUUAACGGUGACACGGACUCGGUCCCUGCUGCUCCGCCGCCCGCAGGAGACUCUGCGUCCUUGUCUCUUCCCCUGGUCCUGCAGCUUGGCAUCUCUGAGCCUUCCCACUCAGCACUACAAGCCUCAGCAGCCCCCGCUGCUCCCUCCUCCAUAGGAACCAGCUCACAGCAAGCUGCAUUUGGAAAUCCUGCAACUGUUUUACAAUCCCCUGAAGUGCCUGUUCCUCACAGCACACAGUUUGCAGCCAGUCACCAAGACUUCCUGCAGCCUCCCCAGCCCCCGCCGCAGCCCAUGGUGCCAGGACUGUCAGUGGUGGCUGGGGCCCCUGCCCCGGCAGCGCCUGGUGCCACUGAGCCCCUGCCAGCUGUGGUUCAGACUGUGCCUGUUGGUGCAAACCCCGUUCUGACCAGUAACCCAACCAUAACCAUUACUCCUUCCCAGAGCACUGCUAUCCUGCAGUCCAGCAUUGUCAUGGGAGAGCAGAACUUGCAAUGGAUCUUAAAUGGUGCCACUGGUUCCUCACAAAACCAAGAACAAAUGCCACAAGUUCCAAAAGUAGUAGAAAAGGUUUUUUUUACCACCGCAUUACCAGUGGCUGGCAACACAGGAAGCCCUGUUCAGCAGAUUGGUCUCAGUGUUCCUGUCAUUAUUAUCAAGCAGGAGGAGGCCUGCCAGUGUCAGUGUGCCUGCCGAGACUCUGCCAAGGACAAAGCCACUGUUAAGAAGGAAUGUUCCUCACCUGAUUCUAAAGCUUUGGAGCAGCCAGCUCCCCAGCUGCAGCCUCAGACCUUCCCUUCCCCUUCUCCUUCAUGUGGGCAGAGCAGUCAGAUAGUGACCCCUUCAGACUCACAGACUGAAACAUUAAGUGCCAUGGAUGUCUCGGACUUCCUGUCCCUCCAGAGCCCUGACACCCCCUCUAACAUAAUUCCAAUCGAAGCACUACUGCAGGGUGAGGAAGAAAUUGGUUUGAAUAGCAGCUUCUCCAAGUGA